UUGGGCUAUGGGACUGGUCCUUCUCUCCAUCAAACCGUGAUUACUGCGGCAAAGGCUUCGGAAAUCGUUGUCUCGGGUUACUCUGCCGAAAAUCGAGAAGCUCUUCGCCUCUGGUUGGAUGCUGCUGACCCGGCAGCUUUCGACUGGGUCCCGUUUUUCCGGUCUGCAAUACAGGAUUUGGAGGGUGGAGGGGAGAAAGCGGUGUUUGAACGGGUGGAGAAAAUCAGAAGUGUGGUGAAGGCCGUUGUGCACUGUGACCUCUCCCAAGACCCACCAGUCGAGAGAGGUUACGAUGUUCAAUACGACGUGAUAAAUAGCUGCUUCUGUUUGUGCGUCGCAGCAAAGUCCCUCGACGAGUAUCAACAAGGAAUAGUGAAACUUUCGAAAUUGCUCAGGCCCGGCGGAGUUCUUAUGAUAUUUGAAUCCGAGCACCGAAAUUGUCAGUUGCUGACUUACCCUAUCAAAGAGCACAAGUGUCCUUAUCUGGCCGUUACUAGUGAGUUUGUUUUGAAGAGUUUCAGAGAUGCUGGAUUUGUCGACGUUACCACACAUUCAAUGGAACUGGACCCAAGCCACCCUUCUAGGGUUCAGAACCCGGAACGUAUUGGGUAUUUUCACAUUAGGUGUGUAAACUCUUAA